AUGACUUCACAUAUCGCUCCCUGGAGGACUUCGGCUCAGGGCCAUCUAACUCCCGAUGAGAAUGGAGACCUGAAGACCGACUACUCCCGCUGGCGCCUGGUCAACGAGGAAGGUCGCCAAACUUGGCGCUAUCUCGAAUCCGACGAGGAGAACAGUGCCUGGUUGCAAACCGUUGCCGACAAGUAUCAUCUGGGUCUUCCUACUGGACUCCCAAUUCUGCCAGAAGCCAAGACACCACUUCAAGCAGCAGAGAAUGGUCUAUCUUUCUUCUCGCAUCUGCAGCUCGAUGCUGGAAAUUGGGCAUGCGAAUACGGAGGUCCCAUGUUUAUGAUUCCGUCCAUCAUUAUUGCGUACUAUGUAACCAACACCCCUAUUCCCGCGGAGUAUGCUACAGAGAUCAAGCGCUACCUCUUUGCCCGCCAACAUCCCGAGGAUGGAGGAUGGGGUCUACACAUUGAAGGCCAUAGCUCCGUUUUCGGAACAUCUACGAACUAUGUGGUUCUCCGAAUUCUCGGUGUUAAUGAAGACGACCCGCGUAUGAUCAAGGCCCGCGGUCUCCUGCACAAAUUCGGCGGUGCGAUCUAUGGCCCUCACUGGGCCAAGGCCUUCCUUAGUAUUCUUGGUGUUAUGGAGUGGGAUGCUGUGAACCCGGUCCCCCCUGAGAUCUGGAUGCUUCCUGACUGGGUUCCCAUUGCCCCCUGGCGCUGGUGGAUUCAUAUCCGCCAGGUGUUCUUACCCCUCUCUUAUAUCUGGUCCAAGAAGUGGUCAAUGCCUCUCAACGACCUCACCAAGCAGCUUCGCGACGAGCUGUAUACACAGCCUUAUAACACCAUUGAUUUUGCAUCUCACCGCAAUUCGAUCCACGAUGCUGAUAACUAUUAUCCCAAGACCUGGGUCUUGAACAGCAUCAACGAGCUCUUGGUUCGGGUCUACAACCCCCUCUUGCGAUUCGGUCCCGUCGUUAGACGCUCCGAAGAAUGGGUUUGGGACUUGAUCUGUAUGGAAGACCAGAACACCGACUACGCAGGCGUUGGUCCUGUCAGCAACCCUCUCAAUAUGAUUUGCUGUUACAUCCACGAUGGCCCCGAUAGCCACACCGUUCGUCGACACCAAUAUCGCCUGAACGACUACAUGUGGAUGAAGAACGAGGGAAUGCUGGCCAAUGGCACCAAUGGCGUCCAGGUGUGGGAUACAACCUUUUUGACACAGGCAGUUGUGAUUGCUGGCCUCGCAGAUGACCCGAAGUGGCGACCCAUGCUUAGCAAAGCGCUCGAGUUUAUCGAAGAUCACCAACUACGCGAGAAUGUGCCUCGCCAAAAUGAGUGCUAUCGCCAGGACCGUAAGGGCGCUUGGCCUUUCAGCACCAAGGUCCAAGGAUACACCGUCAGUGAUUGUACCGCUGAGGGUCUGCGAUCUACCCUUCAACUCCAGGAGUUGCAUGGCUUCCCACAAUUGAUCUCUCUGGAUCGGUUGAAGGAUAGUGUGAAUUGCCUUCUUCUGCUGCAGAACCCAAGCGGAGGUUUCUCCGAAUACGAAAGCACCCGCGCCUCUCCCAAGCUUGAGUAUCUCAAUGCCGCCGAGGUAUUUGGUGGUAUUAUGAUCAGCUACGAUCACCCCGAGUGUACCACCGCAUCCGUGACCGCACUGUCUCUCUUCAGCAAGUUCUACCCCGACUACCGUGCCGAUGAAAUCCGUGCGGCAAAGGAAAAGGCCGUCGCGUGCAUUAAGCGCAUGCAGCGUGAUGACGGCAGUUGGUAUGGCUCUUGGGGAAUCUGCUUCACCUACGCCGCCAUGUUUGCUUUGGAGAGUCUCGCCAGUAUCGGCGAAACAUAUGAGACGAGCGAUAACUCGCACCGUGGUUGCGAGUUCCUGAUUUCCAAGCAGCAGGCCGAUGGCGGCUGGGGAGAGUCAUACCUCAGUAGUGAGAAGCAUGUCUACGUCCAGCAUGAGAUGUCUCAAGUAACUCAAACUGCUUGGGCUUGCUUGGCAUUGAUGGAGGCCGAAUAUCCCCACAAGGAGCCGCUUGAGAAGGCCAUGAAGCUACUUAUGUCUCGCCAACAGGCUAAUGGCGAGUGGCUCCAAGAGUCCAUUGAGGGGGUGUUCAACCAAUCUUGUAUGAUCUCUUACCCGAACUACAAGUUCUACUGGCCCAUCCGCGCCCUUGGCCUGUACAGCCGCAAGUUCGGCAAUGCUGCGCUGAAGUAA